GCGAGCAAGCCGAAAUCACCAAGGGCGGCAAUGGUAAAGGUGGUGAGUCCUAGUCCUGCUUCUGCUAGGCAUGGUGGAGAACAAGUCCUAAAAAAACUUUGUAGCGAACGACGUCUUCGAUACAAGUGUCGAGGUAGGCUCGGGUGGCAACAUCACUGUACAGCAAUGGGGCGACGAUUCGACCCGUAAAGGAGCACCUCACUAUAUGCAGGACGCGAACAAAGCGUGGCACUCUGCGCCUCAGGGCGUCCAGGAUUCCAUUCGGAACAUGGUCACUCUCGACAAGGCUGGCAACGUCACAUUCAUCGGUGCAACGAAGAAUAGCCAGGCUCUCGAAAACUGGGUCCGUACCUUUGCGAAUGGCAAAACUUACAUUGGCACUGGAUCGUGGAAUGGCAAUAAGGGUAACCCGGCCGAUAACGCACAGAGCUCAGCAGCAAAUGGUAUCCGAGAUCUGAUUAUCACAUACAAUGAUGGCGAUGCCACUCCUACUCUUGGAGCGGGCAAACCACGUCUCAACAACAAGAUGGUGGGGCAGCCUGACAGUCUCGCGCACCGGACUAGCAUCAACAUGGCGGAGGUCAACCCUGUGCAUGCUGUAGCCCGCGAAGCUGUGACACCAAAAGGGCCGGGCAUCAUCCUGGCAAAUACCUCCCACGAGCAGUGCACAUACAAUUUCUACGACAACGCCCAGAAUGGUAAUGGCUGGGCUGUACCCACCUUCGACCAUCCGACGGCCUCCGUGACUCUCAAAGCCGGAGCAACGCAGUUUGUAUCUCUCCAUACUGACUUCAAAGGGCGUAUUCAACGUGGUUCCGUCCAACCCGCUACCUGGGUUGAGUUCCAAAUCAAGGCUGCCAACGACGGACAGGCUUGGGGCGACAUCAGCCUCGAAAUGGGAUGUGACGGUGCAGCUACCAUUGCAGCUACGGACGGGAGCAACCACCGCAACGGCUUCCAGAACGAAAUCAUAUCUGGCGCUCCUGCAGCUGCGAAGGUGAAGCGCAGUGACGGCAGGGUCGUUCUUGACACCACCCAGGGCUACUGGGGCGGCGGUCCGAACAAGGCAGCUUCUGCGUAUGAGGAGAAGGUUGUGGGACAGAAAAAGGCCUACAUCCUUGGAGGAUCCGGCACUGACAUGGUCAUGAGCAAGAACAACUGCUUGAGGGUGGAGAUGUACUGAUGUAGCUAUGCCAUUGCUACAUUGCGUUUGUGAACACCAUGGCAUUCGUCUGACAAUCAAUGUGACUCGGAUCGCUUUGCGUAGGAUGUACGUUUUGCUGCUGGAUGCGGCCAGCCCUUUGCGGAUUCGCGUCAUGCGCAGGCGGCUCGUUAGCUGCUUACUCUAGAACUAGAUCCUGCGGCAUGGAUCGGACCCGUGCGGAUCAUGCAUGGCUGUUCAGCCUCGAUGCGGCCUCCUUGAAAGCUGACCGUAGCUUCACAGGGCGUUCUGUUGUUCACCAAUCGAUCAGGUAUUCGAUGCAUCAGGGGCUGAUGUUGCCCUAACGCAAAGCAACGUCUGGCACAGUUGCAGGCUCAAGGCCCGACGAAUGGUCUGCAGCUAAAAGGUG